AUGAAUGGAACCACCAAAUAUAUAUUCUACAACUACACGCCACGACGUGAAUGCGCUGACACCAACGUCAACCUCACUAAACACCUAUGUGAUCUUUCAACAGAACAACAAUGUGAAUUGCUGAAAACUUGCUCGAAUAUAACGGUAGAAGAUCCACCUUUUCAUUCUAUGGUGGAGGAAUUCGAUUUGUACUGCGACGAGGCCUACUACGCAACCUUGGUAUCAACAAUACAAUUUCUAGGCGUUCUAUUUGGUGCCAUAACAUAUGGACACCUUGGCGAUUAUUUUGGUCGACGCCCUGUUUCAUUUUGUGGGAUUUUCGUUGGUAUUGUGGCUGGAAUCAGCAGUGGAUUUGCACCAUCCUGGCAGGUAUUUGCUGCACUACGAUUCGUCUGCGGUACAAGUAUCGCCUGUAUACUAGUUGUUUUCUAUACCUACAUUGUGGAAUUAAUUCGACCAGAACAACGCGUAUUUAUGAGGUCUUUUUUCAAUUGGGGAUACGCUCGAGCAGUAUUUACAGUCGUAUGCAUGUUGUGUGAUCAUUGGCGAUCCGCUGCAAUCGCUACGUCACUACUAGCCAGUCCAACACUACUGGCAAUCGCUUUUUUGCUACCUGAAACACCUAAAUGGUACCUCAGCAAAGGUCGGCUUGCUGACGCCAAAAACUCAAAAGCAAGGAUUAAAUACCUAAGUGGGAAAGAAGAUGAUAGUCGUGCUGUUGAAACUUACACGGCAUCUUCUCAAAAGAUUUACACUAUGAAAGAUCUGAUGAAAAACCGAACGAUGGCGACAAAAACGUUCAUACUUUGCAGUCUUUGGUUCGCAACAAGCUUGUCAGCGUUCGGAAGCGAUUUGAAUUCGGGGAAUCUUCUUGGUGACUUCUACGUGAAUCAAAUAGCCUCCGCGGCUGUCACAGCAUUCGCAAAAAUUUUUGUGUUCAUUCUUGACACUAAAUGGACAUCAUUUGACAGGAGGAAGCUCCACCAACUUCCUCAAAUACUUGUGAUUGCUUGCUACUCCACGAUUAUGUGUCUACAGAUUUUUGUGCCAGACACAAGUUGUGAUGGGAAAAGCGCAAGAGAUUGGGCAAUUAUAAUCAUCAAUAUUAUCGGUGUGUCUUUUAUCGAACUAACAUGGGAUGCAUGUUACCUAAUCGCUGUGGAAAGCUUCCCGACGUACAUUCGAACGAUCGGUAUGGGCACUUGUUCGCUUGCAGCAAGGAUUGGUGCCUUAGUGGCGCCUCAGAUGGCAUACCUGUCUACGUUCUACCAACCAGCUCCAUAUAUGGUUGUCGUAGCGAUUGGAAUAACAGCAUUUGUUAUUUCGUUGGCAUUUCUCCCCAACACCAAAGGAGUGGAUCUUGGCACCAUCGGAGAAGAGAACCGUGAUGAAAAUCAAGAAAAAAUGCAAUUAUAA